GUCUGCUGCUAUUGAGUCACGUGUGUGUUUAAAGAGAGCCGAGUGUAGGGUGGGCACCAGUUAGAAGAGCGUCGUCCUAGGGUAGAUCUGUAUAUACCGGGCAGGUACUGGUAUCUGAGUCGGAGAAAAUAAGACAUGGCAACCGUAAGGAUGUGGACCCUUGUGGGGCUGGCCCUACUGUGUACGAUGCUAACUGUUCAGGCAGAUGAUGACGCAACCCCCGGCCCCGGUGGUGAGCACGGAAAAGACAUGGAGAGAGACGGAGACGAUCAUUUCGGCUACAAACACGACAAGGACGACGACGGCGACGAUGAUGAUGAUUGCGAAGAUCACGACGACGAUGACAAGGAUGAUCAUGGAAGAAAGGGAGAUGACAUGCACAAGGAAGGCGACAAGGAUGGUAAACACAAAGAAGAUGGCAAAGAGGAACACAACGAGCACAGUAAGAACAAGAGAUGUCGCCGCAAGAAAAUAGCCAAGAUCUUAAUCAUUGUCGGCCUUGGCAUCGUUGUCAUCGGCACUGGCGUCGGCGUGGUCAUCUGUUGUGUGCGUCACAAACGUCAGAUGAGAAGAAACGUAACUGACUCCAGGACAAAUCUACAUGUGCCCGGUGCCCGCGAGAAUGUGUACAUCGUCACAGACACCAAACCGCAGCAGGAGAAACCGUCCGUACUCGCCUUUCCCGUAGUGUCACACGCGCCCCUUCCAGGAAAGGAGUAAAGCACGGAGUGUGACCUGAAAAUUACUCGCAUCAUACUGUGGACCUUGAUAACAACUUAUAGACGCAAUCACCAUGCGUUAAGAAUGUUAAGAAUUGACAGAGGGGGAGGAGCGAUGUCGACCCCCAUCUUUACUAUGCAUCAAAAGAUUUCCAGGGAAAUGAUAUUUUUUUGUGUUGUCUAUGUCCAACCCUGGUGAUAAACAUGACGUUAGAGAAUGAAACCCUCCCAUGUGAUACUAGUAUAUUCAUGUCAAUGCACGUGAUUUUAGUUAGAAUAAAUUGUAUCAAGCAUCAUUCCCGAGUAAAAUCAUUGAUAUCUCAUAUAAAUUUGAAUAGUUUGGAAUUUUUCUUGGUAUUUUUUGGUUUUUAUGCAUGUCUAACAUGCACAUUUUUGCAGCUGUAUUAAUCCAGAAAUUAUCACUAAAUGAAAUGAUAGUUUGAUAUAUAAAACCUAAAUUUAUGCUUGAUACAAACUCUUCAUAUAAGUGUAUGGUGUUGUCUGCGAUUUCAUGUUUAUUUUUAUUCUUAUAGAUUUACAACAAAAAAGAAAGAUUUUCUCAUUUUCUUGAAUCAGUGUUAUUCUUCAUGUGUGUGGCUUUAAGCAGACAAUAGAUAAAAUUCACCACAAACCAACAUGUGUAUUAUCAAUUUACACCAUUGCAAUUAACGUAGAUAUAUAUCUCAGAACUUCGUCAUCUCAGCUUUCUUCGAUUUCUCGAAGGUCUUAUUAUUGCUUACAAUUUAAAAGUAAGAUUGUGAUCAUUAUCGUCCUUGCUUGUAGCUGACUUGUGUAAAUACACAUGUGUCCUGAUAAUGAUGUUUGGUUGUUUUUUGUAAUUAAAAUCGUAAAAAAUGUU